AUGUCGCGAAUAAGCUAUGUGGCCCCAUACUUCAUGCCACUGCUGUGCUCCAGCAAGCUUUGGAUCAAGCUAAUCCUUCUGCUGAAUGUUUUAGCCUUGUUUGGACUGGCGUUCAGUGGCUCCAAACUGCUGAUAUCUGAGUAUAAAGACGACAGCAUGUUCAAACCCAAUGGACAAGACUAUUUCAGAACUUCGCUUCUGGGGUUUUUUUCGCCGCUAGCGCUCCAUUUUCUGCGAGACUUUGUUCUCAUGGUAAGUCCGAGAGCGGUACUUAUCAACCUACUUGUCGACUUCCCGUUCAACGUAUGGUUCUCCCUUUUGAUUGUGUUUUGCUUAGCCUAUCCGCAGAUACAGACAGCACAGAUCAUGGGCAAAAUGGACGACACGGUGUGGCACAUCAUACCGAGACAAGCGGCGAUUUUUGGUACGUCGUGGGCGCUGUCCGAAUUUUUGACCUGCGUUGUCCAAAACUUGCAACGUUAUGAAGAGGUGCCUUCUCCGGAGUCUGCCAAGCGCCAGCUGGAGUACCAGCUUUUACAAGAAGAGCAGGACAACUCCCGCAAGAAUAUUACGCUUUCGAGAUGCAUAGAGGUCAAACGCAAGUCAUCGUUGAUCUCUGAGAAUGUGUACACCCACGAAUAUCAAACGCCGCCUGCAACGAACCCCGAACACGACCUCUCGGAAGCGGUCUACGUGAGUUUCAACGACAGUUCGAUGUCGCUUCUAAGAGAUCCUGAGGCUGGCCACAGCUCUAACGACGGCUCUGGCGAAAGGCGUCCACGCAUGUAUGAUGGAACCGUCACCUACUUUGCCGAGAUCUCUUCUAAAAGACGCUUUUUACGGCAGUUGCUACUUUUCAACCUCCUGGUGUUCGACAGUGUACUGCUAGAGGUAGGACACGCUUUCAUCGUUUCUAUCUACUUCAUUUACGUGCCAGGACACGAAGAAUUAUUCACCAGAGCGGUCACGUAUUUUGGAAUCCGCACUUUUGGUUACUUCACUCUGAGUGUCAUUCUACCGCUAUCUAUACUGGGCUUCAUCAUCAGCAUCUUUUUGUUUGUGUGGAAUGGAAACACGCGCGCCUUAUCCUCUGAAAGCACUUACGACACCAACAGCAACUCCGAUCUGCACAUACAUGCUUCUCAGCCCCAGAGCCUGCAGUAUAUUUCGUCAGAUCAACUCUUUGUGAUGAAUUCGAUUUACACUCAAGACAUGAUGCCCACAGGUGAUACGGAACUUCCAAUACUCCACUUUUUCCGCACCAUAGUAACCAAAUGGCAAAUACUCGCUGGCCACCGUAGUUUUCCCAUUGUUGGGUUCACCAUAUGGUCCCUUAUAAUGGCUGCUGUCGGAACCCUGGCUGCUGUCGAACAAUAA